GAGAAAAACAGUGGAACCUGCAGAGAGUGGGAGUCUGCGGCUGAUGAAUGGCAGCAGCCCGUGCGCCGGGAGAGUGGAGGUUUACCACAGAGGACAAUGGGGCACAGUGGAUGGCACUGACUACAAAGAUGAUCUGACCUGGGAUAUGAAGGCCGCGGCUGUGGUGUGUAAUGAGUUGGGCUGUGGAGGGGCGCUGUCAGCAUCAGGAGACGCCCAAUUUGGGAGGGGCUCAGGCUACAUUGUGACAUAUGGUGUUCACUGCAGAGGGAGUGAGUCUACUCUGAGGGAGUGUCACUCGGGGAACUGGAGUCACUAUUCACUGUCACACUCCUUUGAUGCCGGUGUCAUCUGCUUAGGAGGUAAACCACCCAGACUGGUGAAUGGAGGCAGCCGCUGUGCGGGGAGAUUAGAGCUGUACAGCAAUGACACUUGGGCGACACUUUGUGGCGAGAACCUGAACACGGAAAUUGCAGUACAUAUUUGCAAACUUUUGGGAUGUGGAUUUGCUGUAUCGGCCUCAGGUAACGCUCGCUUUGGAGAACGAUCGGGUCGUGUGGUUGGUCGACCAGACUGCGGACACGGACAGGACAUUGGCAUAACCUGUUCAGGUAUAGACCACAACCACAAUAAUGUACAUUAACAUAGCGUCGGA